CCUCCAUUCUCGCUGAUCACUCACUCACUCCUCCAUUCUCGCUUCCAAUCACUCACUCACUCAUUCCUCCAUUCUCGCUUCCAAUCACUCACUCACUCCAUCCUCCUCGUCAACUCGCUCUGCUAACCGAAUGUCAAGUUGCGGAUUUGGGAAUUUUGGAUGGUGGUGGUGGUGAUGGUGGUAGGGGCAGGGUAGAAUUUCGCCCGGUUCUUCGGGGAAUCUCAGAGGAGACGAACCCACGUUUGUUGAGUCCCACGGUGACUCACUCCCCGGUGGUUUAUUUGUAUUUAUUUAUUUUUACUCGGAGGAAUUCGAGACGAGAUUCCACUGCCCCCCCCCCCCUCCAUUCCUCUGUGGUCGCUGACGCCACAUUGCGUCGUUUUAUUUUGAGUCUCUUCUUCAAACUCGGGAAAAAAAUCAUCAUCACUACCGUUGUCCUGACUUCAACCGAUUAGAUCAUCCGCGUUGAGUGAAAGCUGCGAGUCCAAGACGUCACCAAGCAUCGGAUCUACAUCUCACAUCAGCUCACAUAAGAUCACAUCUCACAUCACAGCUCUGAGGUCGUGUUGAACCACCGUUAUCACCACCACCACCACCACCACCGUUCACACCACCACCGUUAGCACCACCACCGUAAGCACAACCACCUCCACUGCUGUUAUCACCACCACCGUUAGCACCACCAAAAACACCACCACCUCCACCACAACCUUCACUACCAUCUUCACUACCACCUCCACCUUCACCACCUCCACCAUCGUUAGCACCACCACCUCCGCCACUUCCGCCACCUCCAUCACCACCUCCAUCACCUCCACCACCUCCACCACCAGCACCACCUCCACCUCCACCACCUUCACCACCACCUCCACCAUCGUUAGCACCACCACCACCUCCACCACCUCCACCACCUCCACUACCUCCACCACCACCACCACCACCUCCACCAUCACCUCCACCACCACCUCCACCACCACCACCACCAAUGUCGCCGACUGCUGGCUCCUUCGUGGUGUGGGACUACCUGGUGUUCGCGGCCAUGCUGCUCAUCUCGGCGUCGAUCGGAGUCUACUACGCCAUUGUAGCCCGUGGCCAGCAGAGCACGGAGGAGUUCCUGACGGGCGGACGGCAGAUGGGAGCCUUGCCCGUGGCGUUGUCGCUCACCGCGAGUUUCAUGUCGGCCGUGACGGUGCUGGGCACACCGGCCGAGGUCUACUGCUACGGGGCGAUGUUCUGGAUUUUCGGAUUGACCUACGGCGUGGUGGUGGUGGUCACUGCCGAGGUUUAUCUGCCCGUCUUCUAUCGUCUGGGCAUCACCAGCACCAACGAGUACCUGGAGAAGCGCUUCAACAAGACCGUGAGACUCGCGGGCACCUUCAUCUACAUCAUCCAGACGACGCUGUACACGGGCAUCGUGAUCUUCGCUCCGGCUCUGGCCCUCAAUCAAGUGACGGGGUUCGACCUGUGGGGUGCCGUGGUGUCGACCGGCAUCAUUUGCACUUUCUACUGCACCAUGGGAGGCCUUAAGGCCGUAGUUUGGACCGACGUCUUCCAGGUGGGAAUCAUGGUGGCCGGUUUCGCGUCGGUCAUCGUGCGCGGAGUCGUCGUGGUGGGCGACCUGAGUCACGUGUUCAACGUCUCCUCCGAGGGCGGCCGUCUCAACCUCCUCGAUUUCGACCCGGACCCACGGCGUCGCCACACGUUCUGGACGAUCAUCGUGGGCGGAACGUUCACCUGGGCGGGCAUCUACGGCGUCAACCAGUCCCAGGUGCAGCGCUACAUCUCCUGCCGCAGCCUGCGACAAGCAAAGCUGUCUCUGUAUUACAACCUGCUCGGCCUGUGGCUCAUCCUGUCGUGUGCCGUGCUCUCCGGCCUCAUCAUGUUCACCAUCUACCACGACUGCGACCCCUGGACCGCCGGCAUCGUCGGUGCUUCUGACCAGCUCAUCCCCUACUUGACCCUCGACAUCCUGCGGGAUUUCCCUGGCGUCCCAGGCCUCUUCGUGGCCUGCGCCUACAGCGGAACGCUCAGCACGGUCUCCUCCAGCAUCAACGCUCUGGCCGCCGUGACGGUGGAGGACCUCGUGAGGCCGUGCUGCCCGGGCCUCGACCCACGCACCCUCUCGCGCCUCUCCAUGGCCGCCAGCCUCCUCUACGGCGUUGUGUGCAUCGCCAUGGCGGUGUUGGCGUCUGUCAUGGGCAGCCUCCUACAGGCGGCGCUCAGCAUAUUCGGCAUGAUGGGGGGUCCCCUGCUGGGCCUCUACACGCUUGGAAUGGUGUUCCCCUACGCCAACUCCAGCGGCGCCCUCGUGGGUCUGGCUCUGGGCUUCGGCCUCUCGCUGUGGCUGGGGGUCGGGGCCCAGGUCUACCCGCCGCUGGCCCACAGGACGAUGCCCCUCGCGCUCUCCACGGCGGGAUGCCGCCUCCUGAACGCGACGAUGAGCAACAGCAGCAGCAGCAGCGGCGCACACGACUCGUACUCCUCGCCUGCUGAUCAUGGCAGGCCCGCUCUGGCUGACACGUGGUACUCGCUCUCCUACCUCUACUUCAGCGCUGUGGGGACCGUGGCGGUCGUCGCGCUCGGCCUUCUGGGAAGCUUCCUCUUCGCGGGACGAGAGAAGGGUGUUGCACGCGACCCGACGCUCUUCGUGUGGGCGAGCGACUCGUCGUGCGGCCGGGCCUGCCCCCUGCUGCCCUUCUCGUCGGGCAGCAACGGCGGCAAGGAGGAGGGGGAGGACGCUGCCACCCACAGGCUGGAGGUCGCUGCUGCUGCUGCCACCGCUGGCUGGGAUGGAUCUCUGGCCGGGAUGGAGAACGGCAGCUACGUGGCGGACAAAGUGGGCCAAGGCGACCCCACGCCACUCCCGAGCAAGAGCACGCGCCUCUGACGCGCCUGUGACGUGGCCUGUGACGUAGCCUCUGACGUACUCUGUGACGUAGCCUCUGACGCGCCUCUGACGCGCCUGUGACGUAGUCUGUGACGUAGUCUGUGACGUAGUCUGUGACGUAGUCUGUGACGUGGCCUCUGACGCGCCUCUGACGCGCCUCUGACGCGCCUCUGACGCGCCUGUGACGUAGUCUGUGACGUAGCCUGUGACGUAGCCUCUGACGCGCCUCUGACGCGCCUCUGACGCGCCUGUGAUGUAGCCUGUGACGUAUUCUGUGACGUAGCCUGUGACGUGGCCUGUGACGCGCCGGGGGCCCAAGGGGGGUGCGGAUUCGCCCAUCGGAUUUUUCAAUUUUUGUGACAUUCGCAAGACGUCGUGUUACCGCCGGUGACGGCGGUAAUAAACCACCCAUUGGAACGCC